CAGACGGGCGUAAUUUUAUGAGUUGUGAGUCGCGUAUUUUCGGUCGCGUAAUUUCUGCUGCAUUCGGUUUCAUACAAAAGUGCAGUUUGCGCCACACGACGACGCAAAAUGAGUUGUCUGUCGACUCACGCGCAUAAACUCGACCGAAUUUCUGUCGGGGUGAGGGAGGGGAGAGCGGUCAGCGGGGCAGCGGGUGAGGGAGGGGAGAGCGGUCAGCGGGGCAGCGCAGCGACAGUUCGUUACGGGAUGCGUAGGUAGGAGUUUCUCGCUGUUCUGAAAAAUGUUCGACACGGAAAAAUUGAUUUUUGAAGUGGAACAACGGCCAUGUUUAUGGAAUUUGUCAGAAAAGUCAUACAGUGACAAGUUUUUGAAACAGAAAGCAUGGCAAGAGGUCGCUGAGAAUUGUUUUGAAGAAUGGAACAACUUGAGCAACGAAGACAAAGAAAAGAAAAUACAUUUUCUGCAAAAAAAAUGGAAAACCGUAAGAGAUUAUUACACGCGUGAAAAAAAAAAAGAAAAUGAAGAAAGAAGUGGUAGCGCAGCAAAGAAGAAGAAACCAUGCCCGUAUUUUGAUUUAUUGCAGUUUUUAAAAGUUACCAAACAGUCAAGGAACUCAUUUUCAAAUGUAACUUCUCCUGAAAACACUGAUAAUGAUAACGAUGACAGUAAUAUAACUGGCAACAACGACGAUGAAGAUCCUGAUGAACAAUCCAGAUCCACAGAAGCAGACUCACCACUGUAUCAACCGUCUACCAGCCAGCCAGCGUCAAUGCAAAAACCUGUAUACGAAAACCAGCCAUCGACGUCAAAGCAGACAGUGCCAUCGCAACCCGAGACAUCUGUAUCCCGAACAAAAAAUAAAAAACAAACACUGACACUGUUUCAAGAAUCUCUUCUCAAAAAGUUUGAUAAUGAUGAUGAUAAGGAUCCUAAUCGAUUAUUUUUAUUGUCUUUUUUGCCGGAGAUGUCCAAAAUGACAGAAAAACAGAAUUUCGAAUUUCGCAUGGAACUUAUGAAAGCAUUAAAUAAAGUCAAGUACCAAAUUCCAGAACAGCACACACAAUCAAAUUGGCCUCAUUUUUCAUCACCCUUUUCCGAUUCCCACAGCAGUAAUCAAUACUACCCGACACCAGUAAAUAGAGGAUACACAACACAGGCAAAUGAAUAUCACUCUAAUGAAAUAAAUGAAUAUGAUGAAACAUAGAAUACUGUGCAGCUUGUUCAUUAAUCUUUAUAUUUAAGUAAAAUAAUAAUUAAAAUACUUUAAAACUUA